AUGAAAAACAAAUGGGUCAUUAUGCGGAAAGAGUUCAAAUAUUAUGACCGUUUAACAAGACUAGAAAUAGGAAUUUCAACUGAUCCCAUGAGAAAUAUAAUCUCAUCAUCAAAGGAACGGUGGGAUGAGAAAAUAAAGACAUAUUACGAGGCUUUAUUUCGGGAUACCAUAGUUGUUGGAGACAAGGCUAAGGUACCUUGCGAAUUUGGCGACGGUAGCACUCCAGAUGAUGUACAAUUUGUGGAUAUUACGGAUGGAAAAAUGGAUACUGACGAAGUCCGCUUAUUCGAAGAUGUUGAUCCUUUUCUCGCAUAA